AUGUCAUUCUCUGAAGAAAAUCCAGAUUUAGCGAACCUAGAUCUGAGUACUGUUUGUCGGGCAUGUAUGUCUACUACAGGAGUUAUUAAAGAUAUGUUUGUUUGGGGCCUGGCUAUGGAUUAUUACAAAUUAACAAAUGUUUCUUUGCAACCAUCAGAUACAAUUUCUAAAUCUAUAUGUGUUGGAUGUGAAGAUAUGCUGACAAAGUGUAUACAAUUUAAGAGGCAAUGUGAAAAAUCUGAUUUUUUAUUAAAUGACACAGCAAAGAAAAAGUUAACCUCAUUAACGGAAGAAGUGAUUCUGUUUCCUAAGGAAACUGUUGAUAAUGAAAUAAAAUUUAGAUUUGAUGAAAACAAAAUAACAUAUAUGAUAACAGCACCAAAUAUGGAAGAGAAGCUUAUGUACCCUUGUCCCUACUCUUGUAAUGAGACCUUUCAAAAACAAUCCCUCUUAUCUAUGCAUUUUGUUAAAUCGCAUAAUAAAAAUCAUGAUUUUGCGGUUGAAAUACGGUUCUAUUGCUCACAUGCAGAUUGUGUAUACCAUAUAGAAAACAACAAGUAUUUUUCCAAAAGAAAACAAUUGAACCAACAUUUCAGUAAAGUCCACAAAGACAAAAUUGUCUGUGGACAUUGUAAUCUCAAGUUUUCAAAGGAUAUAGACUAUAAACAUCAUUUAAAAUCGUGUAACUACCUCCACUGGUGUCAGGUUUGUGAUAAGAAAUAUGUGUCAGAUGAAAGGCUAAUGGUCCAUCUGAUGCGAAACCAUCCAGAAUUUCACAAAAGAUACAAGAGAGACAAGGCGGAAAAACGAAAGUCUGAAGCACAAAGUUUGCAGAAGAAAGCAAAAAAAGCAGAGGAAGAAGAUUUGAUUCUGAAACGCUCCUCUGCCACACAGACCCUUGAGAAAAUUAAAAACAAUGUCUUGUUGUCAUGGCAAUCUGAUAGUGAGACUAAAACAGAUGAAAUCUCAACUCAGACAGUUUUUGAUGAGUCAUUUAAGUCUCAAACUAGUGAAGAUGAAUCUCUAUGUGGUUCGUUAACAUUAUCAGAAUUUGGCUUAUCUAAAGUAAGAGAUAGAAAUGAAUCCCCUGACCUAAGUACUAAGAAAACUCAAACCUGUGACUGUCUAUAUGAUUCUACAAGCAGAGUUCACGAAAAGGCCUCAAAUGAAUGUAUAUCAACUGAAACACAGACAUUGGAUUUAGAUGACUUUUCAAACUUUAAUUCAGCUGAAACACAAACAUCAUUUGAAGAAGAUAAUAUGUGUAAUUUUUUUAUUCCUGACUGUAACCCUGAAUGCAAAAAGCCUUCAUAA